AUGAGAGGUUUCAACAAAACCACUGGAGUUACACAGUUCAUCCUGGUGGGCUUCUCCAGCCUGGGGGAGCUCCAGCUGCUGCUUUUUGUCAUCUUCUUUCUCCUGUACUUGACGAUUCUGGUGGCCAACGUGACAAUCAUGGCUGUCAUCUGCUUCAGCCAGACUCUACAUACUCCUAUGUACGUUUUCCUGUUUAUACUUUCAUUUGCUGAGUCCUGCUACACUUUUGUCAUCAUCCCUCAACUGCUGGUCCACCUGCUCUCAAACACCAAGAUCAUCUCGUUUCUGGCCUGUGCCACUCAGCUCUUCUUCUUCCUUGGCUUUGCUUGCACCAACUGCUUUCUCAUUGCCAUGAUGGGAUAUGAUAGCUAUGUAGCAAUUUGUCACCCCCUGAGGUACACACUCAUCAUGAACAAAAGGCUAGGGCUUGGGUUGGUUUCUCUGUCAGGAGUCACAGGUUUCUUCAUUACUUUGGUGGCCACCAACCUCAUCUGUGACAUGCCUUUUUGUGGUCCCAAUAGGGUCAACCACUAUUUUUGUGACAUGGCACCUGUUAUCAAGUUAGCCUGCACUGACACCCAUUUGAAAGAACUGGCUCUACUCAGCCUUAGCAUCUUGGUAAUCAUGGUGCCUUUUCUGCUAAUUCUCAUAUCCUAUGGCUUCAUAGUUAACACUAUCCUGAAGAUCCCUUCUACUGAGGGCAAGAGAAAGGCCUUUGCCACCUGUGCCUCACACCUGACAGUGGUCUUUGUCCACUAUGGCUGUGCAUCUAUCAUCUACCUUCGGCCUAAGUCCAAAUCUGCCUCAGACAAGGAUCAGCUGGUGGCAGUGACCUAUACAGUAGUUACUCCCCUACUUAAUCCUCUUGUCUACAGUCUGAGGAACCAGGAGGUAAAAACUGCUCUGAAAAGAGUUCUGGGAAUGCCUGUGGCAAUCAAGAUGAGCUAA